AAGUUUAGUUAUAUACAUCUAGAAAUUUCGUUGUAAUUGUUAAAGUAAAUGUAAAUUCUAAAUAUUUUUACGUAUAAUGUAUACAUAUGCAUUAUUAUUGUUACAGACAUAAUUAAAGAAUAGCAAGAUGUACCUCUGCAUUAUUUGUCAGCAUGCGAACAUUUCUAUUACAUAUUUACAUGACCAUUAUGUCCAACAUCAUACCCCACAAGAAUUAUCGCAUGCUAUUAUCAAUCUUCAAGGCUUAAAGUUUAUAGGAGAGAAAAGUUUAAAAUCUAUUAUGUUAGGUGACAAUAAUAACAAUGGAAACUUAUGUAACCAAGUUGUUGCUGAGACUGAAAAACAAAAUAGUCAUGAUGAAACAUAUUGUUUAUUAUACUGCAGUCAGUUUAUUGUUUGGGAACAAGAAUUGAACAAAAGAACAGAAAUAUGUGACGAUGAUUUUUUUAAUAUCAUUGAUGAUCUUUGCACUGAUUUAAGUAAGAAAACACAGAAAAAGAGAAAAAGAGAGAACAAAGCACUUAUGAGUAAAAUUAAAACAGACAACAUUGUUCAGCAUAAUGAAGAUGAAAAUAUACAAAUACAGAAUAAAAACAUGGAAACAUUUAAUAAUCUUGCUGUUCAAAUUUCCACAGCUUCAUCAAUUUCAUCUUGGAAUAUUGAAAGUUCAAAUAUUAAUACAGUUUCUCAUGAUAAAAUUCUUAAAUCAGAAAUAAACGAGGAGGUUGCCACUGAAAAUGAUACACCGUUAACAAUACUUGAUAUUGACGCUAACAAAAAUGUUCUAAUGUAUAAUUCAUCAGAUGAUACUUAUUUUUGGACUUCAAUGUUAUCUGAAAAUUUUGAUUAAAAAGAAAUAUCUACUAAUAAAAUAAUGUAGUUUUUAAACAUCGAUAAAUAAUUGAUG